UAUUUUUCUAACCAGUUGAGCUCUUUUACCCCUCUUCAUUCCCUUUAUAUAGCCAUCACAUUCCUUGUAGUUUCUCACGAAAUUUAUGUGCCCAUAUCAUUCUAUCUGAACAAUAUGGCAAUUCCACUCUCUCUUUCAAUACUCCUGCUUAUUCUAGCUCCAAGUUUUAUUUCCUGUUUGCCAGUUCAUGAUCCUGAAUUGGUAGUGGAAGAAGUACACAGGAGCAUCAAUGCCUCUCGGAGAAACUUGGCCUUCCUUUCUUGUGGAACCGGCAACCCCAUAGACGACUGCUGGCGGUGUGACCCCAAUUGGGAGAAGAAUCGGCAAAGAUUAGCCAAUUGUGCAAUUGGGUUCGGUAAGAAUGCUAUCGGUGGCAGGGAUGGUAAGAUAUAUGUAGUGACAGACUCCGGUCAUGAUGACCCAGUGAAUCCCAAGCCAGGCACUCUUAGGCAUGCUGUUAUACAAGAUGAGCCUCUAUGGAUCACUUUCGCUCGUGACAUGGUGAUCAGGCUUAAGGAAGAAUUGAUCAUGAACUCUUUCAAGACAAUCGACGGAAGAGGAGCUAAUGUGCACAUUGCUGGAGGUCCAUGCAUCACUAUACAAUAUGUGACCAACAUUAUCAUUCAUGGUAUAAAUAUUCAUGAUUGCAAGCAAGGAGGGAAUGCCUAUGUGAGGGAUUCUCCUAGCCAUUACGGGUGGAGGACUAUAUCGGACGGCGACGGGGUAUCGAUAUUCGGAGGUAGCCAGGUGUGGGUGGAUCAUUGCUCUUUAUCCAAUUGCAAUGAUGGGUUGAUUGAUGCAAUUCAUGGCUCCACAGCCAUAACAAUCUCCAACAGUUACUUCACUCGUCAUAACAAGGUCAUGCUCUUGGGCCACAGUGAUAGCUAUAAACAAGACAAGAAUAUGCAAGUCACCAUUGCCUUCAACCACUUCGGAGAAGGGCUUGUGCAGAGAAUGCCAAGAUGUAGACAUGGAUAUUUUCACGUGGUAAACAAUGACUAUACACACUGGAAAAUGUAUGCAAUUGGUGGCAGUGCUGCCCCUACAAUUAAUAGCCAAGGCAAUAGAUUUCUUGCUCCCAAUGAUAGAUUUAAAAAAGAGGUAACUAAACAUGAGGCUGCACCACAAAGCCAAUGGAAGCGUUGGAAUUGGAGGUCCGACGGGGAUUUGAUGUUAAAUGGAGCGUUCUUCACACCAUCUGGUGCUGGAGCUUCUUCUAGUUACGCCAGGGCAUCCAGCUUAAGUGCAAGACCAUCUUCCCUGGUGAGCUCCAUCACAGCAGGAGCAGGUGCACUUGUUUGCAAGAAGGGUUCACGCUGCUGAUUAGUGGCUUUGCACAGAAGCCCGUAGAGUGUGUAAGUAAUUAAGGACAAAUAAAGCUCAAGCAAAUUAAAGGAGGAAAAGGAAAUAAGGUCAAUUGUAACUAUUGUAAGGAAUUAGCUAGCUGGCUAGGAUUCGUAUCCAUCUCCUUGUACACUACACCAAUUAGUCUGUGUUUUUUUUUUAUGGAAACAAACAGAGCUGCUUGUUUCCACAAGACCCACCAUCAUGUGAAUCUAAAUGAGAAACUCGACGGUGCAAAAGGAAAACCAGAGCUUCCUCUUCUACUCACACCACACGGGUGGUAUAGAAUAGAAAGUGGAAGAAAAUGUAUGUCCUUGGAGCUCCAUUUAAUGGGACCAUAUUUUUUUGGGAAAUGAAACUGAUCACAACAACAUGUUUGUCUGUUUGGAAAAA